AUGACGUUUGCUUCGUUGAAGGAAAGUAGUGAGAAAGGAGUUGGUGAUUUGCUGAUAGUGCAAGAAUUUUCAGAAGUUUUCCCAGACGACAUUACCGAUUUACUGCCGGAGAGAGAAGUGGAGGGUAAAUAUGUGGAUUUCAAAUUGGAUGAGAAUGAUGUUUUGAUGUUUCAUGAUCGAGUCUGUGUACCGCAUGUACUUGAGCUUAAGAAGCAGAUUUUGGAAGAAGGUCACAAGAGUAGUUUAAGUAUUCAUCUAGGAGUGACGAAGAUGUAUCAGGAUUUGAAGAAAUUGUUUUGGUGGCCAGGAAUGAAGAAGGAUAUAUUGGAGUUUGUGUAUGCUUGUUUGUCGGCACAUUUCGUUCCUAUCAAGACAUGUAUGUCUGUGACGAGGUUGGUGGAGAUAUACAUUGAGCAGAUUGUCAGAUUGCAUGAUAUUCCUUCUAGUAUUGUAUCGGAUCAGGAUCUGAGGUUUACUUCAAAGUUUUGGGAGAGUUUGUAA